GGAGUAAUGACAAAGUUUUAAGAAGCGGACGCCACAAAUUUAUUAGACAUAAUUAAAAUCGACAAAAAUGCAAAAAAAAACUGUUAAUAUGUUGGGUAUAUAAAUCUUAUAAUGUUGGAUGUUUUUCUGUGAAGUUCUGUCCAAGCACUACAAUAGAUGAUAACAAGCUCAUCAGUUACAUCUCCACAUACACGUAUGCGUAAUAUGUCUCUCUUAUGUACAUUGAUGGCGACAUAAUCUCAGUUAUCUUUUCAACUUUCACAACUUGGAAAAUGUGGGGAAUGAUACUGAUGAUGGUUCAAUUCACGGCAAAAUUCAUAGAGAAAGAAGCAUACCUGAAUGGCGAUGUUAAUCAAGUCAACAUAGAAAGGGAGGGGGGAAAUGAAGAGUGAGGCCUCUACAUUAGAUGUAAAACUGUAUUUCUGGUUUCUCGUCUUUGUUGAAAUACUUACCUAAUUGUUGGAAGUUUCUCAAUGAGAAAAAUCGAGACCAGAUUAUAUCACUUGUAAAAUUUACGCGGAUUGUGAAAAUGAUAAGAUUGGUAAGUGUUUUAGACUUCCUGAUAGGGUUGAUUAUGACAAUAAAAAAAACAUCAUGGGGGGAAACGUAUCGAUGAUUGAUCAGAAAUUGGAGGGAGAGAGUAAAAAUGAAUUCCUGUGGGUAAUAGGUUGACGACGAUAACACGACCUCUUCUUGACGAUCAUCCUUGUGCUCUAUAUUGUUCCUAUUAAUUAUUAUUCAAUAAAAGUACGCCAUCUAUUAAUUCAGAUGAAAAAUUAACUGGUACCAGUUUCAUGAUAGCCGAGCUAUUGGUAAAUAUAUUCAAAUGUUGUAUAUUCUCCCUAUUCUCUUAAAACACAUACCACAGUACCCCACGAUAGCAUAUUGGCUCUGUCAAUGGUCAUGACAGAAGGGGCUUAAUGUGCUAAAGGGAGGGUGUAUUACUGGAAUUCUCAAAAAAAAACUCUAUUUUCUCCUCCUGUAAGCUUAUAUGGUGAUUCAUAGUAAUACCAAGUGGAGGGUAAUUCAAAUGGGAAAAAAAGAAUGUUCUCUUUCGACCGACAAUAGUCCUUCUUCCUCUGUCCUUGUUCUAACCUUAUUAGUUUUCUAUGGUGUUUAUAGUCAGAAUCUAUAAAAACCUUCACAAACAAAUAAUAGUAGAAGUCAAUCUGAUCAGAUAUUUUAUUAUCAUUUAAAACUCAUUUCACUCUUGAUAAUAUUCGCUUGCCCUUUCCUGCGUAAGGGCUUAGACGCUUUCGACUCUCUGUAUUUUAUAAACUUCAUACAAGCCUAGAAUUUAUCCUUCGCUUGUACUUGAUUGUUAUAUUGCUGUGCUUGUCAUUGUUCUGUUUAGCAAAUUUGAACGUUGCUGUGGAGGCAUUCUAAUUAGAUUCAAAUGGUUAAGCACUCAAAAAUGGACAACAAAGAGUGCAUUCUUCCUCAACUUUCGCCCGUACAUAUACAACAUCUAGAGCAAGUUGUUAACCCGUCUAGUGACUGGACAGCACGUCUAGUGCGCUCACCUCUCCACAAAACCUCAGAGAUUAUCCCUACCUCUCAAAGCACCAGUAGCGGUAGCAAUGAACUAAACAACCUUUCGCGAGGAGACGAGUUGAGUAGCAAAAUGGCAGUGGUGCCUUUUGUUCGGUCGGCCAUUCAAAACAGCACCGAUGCGGGAGAGGUUGCGGUAUCGGGUGCGCUCACAAGCGUGAAUACCGCCUUAUCCUCGCGCCGACUCUGCCCGACGUGCUUACGCCCUUUUUACAGUUAUGACACUUCGUCAGAUGCGGAAAAAGAAGAAAUGGGGGAGAUGGUGGAGUCACGGAUCGACGGAACCUCACCACACGCUUACCCACAUCGACGGAGCGGCAGCCGGAUGCUCACGUCAGCGUACUUUCGAAUGUUGGCAAUGCAAAUGCCGCUUGCGAUUGGGGAUAGCCCAGAUAGCGCGACGACGCGAUGGAAGCAGUCGCGGAGGUCCAACUCAGAAUUCUACAAGGAUGAAGAACAAGAAGAGGAGGAAGGAAAUGAGAACGACAAGGAAGGAUAUGCUACAAAUGACCCUCCUCACCCCCUGCCUUUAUGCUACUAUCUAAGUCCAACCGAGUCAAUGCCGCAGGAUUACGCUACAAAUGAAGAGGGCAUGCUUUCAAAUAGCUUCUCGAGACAAAUUCGACCGCCAAGGACGCUUAUGCGUUCAUCUGCCGUUAAGCACCGCUAUCUCGCGGAGGAUUCCUCGUCGCCGCCGCCUCUUGUGAGAGAGACGGUACCGUACCAUCAAACCCACGAUAACGACGUCAAGGACGAUGAUCCCCCGUGUGAAGCGUGGAAGGAGCGGAAUUUUUCUCUCAAUACCAUUUCGGGGCUUGACGGGUAUUACGCGCGAUACUUCAUCGAGCUUCAGAAACUUGGGAGCGGCACUUACGGUGGGGUCUACCUCUGCCAGCACGUCAUGGAGGGCAUUCCGCUUGGCAUCUUUGCGCUGAAAAAGGUUCCUGUUGGGGACAAUCUCAUCUACCUACAAAAAGUCCUCCGCGAGGUGCGCAUCCUUGGCGAGGUAAACCGCCACCCCAACGUUGUCGAGUACAACCACAGCUGGGUUGAGACCGCACAGCUGGCGGACUUCGGCCCGCCGGUGCGGUGUCUGUUUAUUCUAAUGGAGUACGCCACAGAGGGGUCGCUAGAUGCCUAUAUGGAGCGCCACGGCACGGCGCUCUCCACGCUGGCGGUGUGGUACUUCUUCCUGAGCGCCGUCGCGGGGACGACCCACCUGCACCGCAAGGACAUCCUCCACCGCGACCUGAAGCCGCAGAACCUCCUCCUGACGGGCACAGCCGGGGCCCUGCCGCGGGUCCUCGUCAGUGACUUUGGCACGGCCGCACUGCUGGGGGACUUGGGCUAUGAGCGAACCGGGGGAACCGGGACGCUGGAGUACAUGGCGCCCGAGCUCCUGGAGUGUGACACCGCGCCCCAGCAGGGGAACUACCGCAACCGUCACACCAAGGCCUCGGACACGUGGUCGCUGGGGAUGAUCCUGCACUACCUGGCCUGUAACGCGACGCUGCCGGGGCGGUGGGGGGAUGGCGAGGUCGCGCUCGACCUCGAGGCCAACGCGCCGUACGCGCGGCCGCCGGAGAUGGUGCAGCUGAUUCGCGCGAUGCUACAACUGGAGCCGGAGCGGCGGCCAAGCUGUCAGGAAAUCCUCCAGUCGACCGUCGCGCAGACCAUCCUGCGAAGUUUCAACAGCCAGACUAAAAUCCCGGAGAUCCACUUGUACUCUCCGUACGUCGAAUUUCCAUGCCCGCAGGGAGUUGCGCCUUACGGAAAACUUUCACCCGAAAGGCGGCCACAAGCACCGCGCAUUCGAAGUAAAAAGGAAGAGGAGGUGUACGACGAUAAUCCACACCUACAAAGUAGUAAAGUGGAGCUGAUCUCCACCUCGGCGAUGAUGAACAUACCGCUUUUGAUGCAGUACCACACAAACGAUGCGAUGGCGGCACGAGGCGGAAGCAAAGACAGCCGCGAUGAUGUUGCCAUCAACGCUAAUAGCUUACUUUCACUUCGCUCCAGUGAGUCCCCGAGUUCACCUUCAACGAUUAGAAGAUUGCCGAAUAACAUCAUAAAGCCAAAUAUUGCGAAGCCGCAAAAUCGGCUGUCCUCCACUUGGGCGUCGCCUCGGUUUGCAAAACAAAACACCGUAAGCAAGUCUGUUCAAACCGACCUUUCCCUUCCGUUUGACGUCUAA